AUGCCGAUUUUCACGCAACAUCCAGGAGGAGAGGGUUACGCACCUUGGGCACGAACCGACGAGGAAAUCCUUCCUCGUCACGUCAAUGGCUACCCUAGCUAUUGGACGCCGCUACACCCACCGUUGCCGAGGUAUCCAUCAUCGUCACAUCACCCACCAUGGUCAUAUCAUGAUCGAUACUACCGCCAAGACCUGGAGAGCUUAGCCGCAAGGGUUAGUGAUAUUGGAGCUGCUCCGCCAUACGCCGCCAUGGAUCAUUGGCCAUGCUAA